UCGAGGCCGCCGUAGCGGGGGGCGGGGCCCGGAAAGAAGCAAGAUGGCGGCGCUGGACAGUGACAGCGAUGAGGACCUGGUCAGCUACGGGACAGGCCUGGAGCCGCUAGAAGAAGGUGAAAGACCAAAGAAACCAAUUCCUCUUCAAGACCAGACUGUCAGAGAUGAAAAAGGAAGGUAUAAGCGAUUUCACGGAGCCUUUAGUGGAGGUUUCUCUGCUGGAUAUUUCAAUACAGUUGGCUCAAAAGAAGGAUGGACACCCUCUACCUUCGUAUCUUCACGACAGAAUAGAGCAGACAAAUCUGUUCUUGGUCCUGAAGAUUUUAUGGAUGAAGAGGAUCUCAGUGAAUUUGGGAUAGCACCGAAAGCAAUUGUGACCACAGAUGAUUUUGCCUCCAAAACCAAAGACAGAAUACGAGAAAAGGCCAGGCAGUUGGCAGCUGCUACCGCCCCCAUUCCUGGGGCCACUCUGCUUGAUGAUCUCAUAGCACCAGCAAAAUUAUCUGUUGGUUUUGAGUUGCUAAGAAAAAUGGGUUGGAAGGAAGGACAAGGAGUUGGUCCCCGAGUAAAGAGAAGACCACGCCGACAAAAACCUGAUCCUGGAGUAAAGAUCUAUGGCUGCGCUUUACCCCCUGGAGACUCUGAAGGAUCUGAGGAUGAAGAUGAUGACUACCUGCCUGAAAAUGUCACCUUUGCACCCAAAGAUGUCACACCUGUGGAUUUUACACCUAAAGAUAACGUACACGGACUGGAGUACAAGGGCCUGGAUCCCCACCAAGCGCUGUUUGGAACUUCGGGAGAACAUUUUAAUCUUUUCAGUGUGGGAUCUGAGAGGGCCAGCAGUUUUCUUGGAGAUGUGGGACUGAGUAAAGGAAGAAAGUUGGGAAUUUCAGGCCAGGCUUUUGGUGUGGGUGCCCUGGAAGAGGAAGAUGAUGAUAUAUAUGCCACAGAAACUCUAUCGAAGUAUGACACCGUUCUGAAGGACGAAGAGCCUGGAGAUGGGCUAUAUGGCUGGACAGCGCCCAAGCAAUAUAAAAGCCAGAAAGAAUCAGAGAAAGAUCUUCGAUACAUUGGCAAAAUUUUGGAUGGAUUUUCCUUGGCUUCUAAAUCUUUGUCUUCUAAGAAAAUUUAUCCACCACCUGAGCUGCCAAGAGAUUAUCGACCAGUGCAUUAUUUCAGACCCAUGGUAGCUGCAACCUCAGAAAACUCCCAGUUACUUCAGAUAUUAUCGGAGUCAUCUGGAAAGGCAAUAUGUGACCCAGGAACACACAGUAGGCACCAACUGAAUGCCUCCAAGCGAGGGGACUUACUAGGAGAGACGCCUAUUCCAGGUUCAACUACUUCAGUUCUGGAGUUUCUGUCUCAAAAAGAUAAAGAGAGGAUCAAAGAAAUGAAGCAGGCAGCCGAUCUUAAAGCAGCUCAACUCAAGGCCAGGAGCCUGGCCCAGAAAGCCCUGAGUGGCAGACCCCAGCCCUCCUCUCCAGACCUUGGACACUGCUCUUGGCACAUGGCAUCGAGUGGAAAGACAGCCGCCACAAGAGCCAGCGACUUCAAACCUUUUGCAAAAGAUCCAGAAAAGCAAAAACGAUAUGAAGCUUUCUUAGUAAAUGUGAAACAGGGUCACAAAGACGCUCUGGAAAGAUGUCUGGAUCCCAGUAUGACCGAGUGGGAGCGAGGCCGUGAGCGGGAUGAGUUUGCUCGAGCAUCCCAGCUGUAUGUGUCUUCCCAUUCAACCUUGUCCUCCAGGUUCACUCAUGCCAAGGAGGAAGAUGAUUCAGAUCAAGUUGAAGUCCCUCGAGACCAAGAGAAUGAUGUCAACGACAAGCAGUCGGCUGUGAAGAUGAAGAUGUUUGGGAAGCUUACCCGAGACACGUUUGAGUGGCACCCUGACAAGCUUCUGUGUAAGAGGUUUAAUGUCCCUGACCCUUAUCCAGAUUCAACUAUAGUUGGAUUACCAAGAGUGAAACGUGACAAAUACUCAGUUUUCAACUUUCUGACACUCCCAGAGACAGCUUCCUUGCCUGCAACUCAAGCAUCAGGUGAAAAAGUACAACAGCACCGAGGUCCUGACAAAUCAAGAAAACCUUCUAGAUGGGAUACAUCUAAACAAGAAAAGAAGGAAGAUUCCAUUAGUGAAUUUUUAAGUUUGACUAGAUCAAAAGUUGGUACACCUAAACAGGAGCCCAGUCCAUUAGUGAAUAAAGAGGAGGAGCAUGUAACGGAAUCACUCUCGAAUAAGAUGGUGACCAAGGGUGCAGAUUCACAGACCGAGGUAGAAGGUAGCCGCCCAUCCAUGGACUUGUUCAAGGCCAUCUUUGCCAGCUCCUCAGAUGAGAAGUCCUCAUCUUCCGAGGACGAGCAGGGCGACAGUGAGGAGGAUCAGGCGGGUGUCGGGGAGGCUGACUUCAAGCAUUCCGAAGAGACCGAUUUGGUAGAAACGUCACCAGUGGCACACACUAGCGAGCCGGCACCCCAGGCACCUGCACCUUCUUUCCCGAUACAGAAGAUGCACAUAGAGGAAAGAGAAGAGUUUGGCCCGCGGCUGCCUCCUGUCUUCUGCCCCAAUGCUCGUCAGAAGCUUGAGAUACCUCAAAAGGAGAAACAUAAAAAGAACAAAGAAAAACACAAAACUAAGAAAGAGCACAGACGAAGGAAAGAGAAGAAGAAGAAACACAGAAAGCAUAAACACAAAGGCAAACAAAAGAAUAAGAAGUCAGAGAAAAGUAGUAGUUCUGAGGGGACCCACAGCAGUGACAGCCAGAGUGAUGAAGAGGGGACCACAGACAUGUCACCCCAGGAGCUCCUGAGAAGGCUGAAACGUCUUCCACUAAGGAGGCAGUAAUUUAAUUCUACCCUGGCCUGUCCCAAUUCAGAUCUCCUCCGUGAUGGAAGAUCAUCGAUUGUUCAGUUAAUUCAUUGUACAGAUUGUAUUUAUAUGUAAAUUCCCCUGUAAAAUAAUUUUGAAAACCUUGACAUUUCAAAGGCUACCUUGGAAGUUGCCGGAAUUGAUUUAUAUUUUUAACUUCAGUUAGUGUCAGGGGUAAAAAUUCAGACUGUACAGUUUAAUUAAAGUGGAAUUUUUCUAUUUUCUUUUUGAUUUUUUUCUAUCCUAAGACUUUAAAAAAGAAAUUACAAAGUGCAGGUUUUUCUCUGGCUGGGUUGUGAAGAAAGCCGAGGCCAGUUAAGGACCGUCCGGAUGUAUUUAGGGACAAGGGUAUGAGCAGGAGACAGCUGCUCGCCCUCUGGGCACCUCUUCUUGCAACUAAGCCUUCUCUGUCUUGUGGUGGACGGCAGUGGCCAGAAACCCCACGGGUGGCACAGAGCCAGGCAGGCGGCCUCCACCAGUCAGGUAGAUGCUAUGUGAGAGGAACGCGUCUUUAGAGACUAAGAGUGGGAGGAUGUGCACCCAGCCCUGGGUCACACCAGCUCUAGGCCCUUCCUCUGCGACAUGGGUCCCUGCUCUGAGGCUGCCUCAUCUGCACUGUUGAGACUUUUUAAAAAAGUAGUUUGUUUGUUUUUUGCAUUAUGAAAGUAACGUCAUCAAUCAGAACAAUUUUAAAAGGAGAGAGAGGACAAAAUCACUUCUAGUUCUACGACCCAGAGAUGACAACCCUUAAUAUUUUGAAAUAAUUCCUCUUAUUCUUUUUCUAGCUGUGGGGUGUUACCCUGCUAGAGGUAACGUUUUCUCCUCUGUUAUUUUUGUUAACAUUGUGACAAUCUUCCUCAUGUUCUUAAAAAUCCUGUGUAUUGGCCUCUAAGAGCUGCAACUAUUUCCAAGGUCAUUCCAUAAUUUGUUUACCAUUCUCUAUUGUUGGACACAAAGUGAAUUAGCCAGGAGCCACUAAUCAGCAACCAGGGGCAGAUUACCCAAUAAAGAAGGUAAGCAGGGGUUUACUUGUACAUACUUACUAAUCUGUAGUGAACAAUUUCAUGUAGGUUUCACCACAUCUUUGAAUGAUGAAACUCACGUGAAAUUGUUCAGUACAGAUUAGUAAGUAGGAAUAAGUAAGCCCCAGUGUACCUUGCUUACUGGGUGAUCAGUCCCUGUCAGGAAUUAUAAUUUUGAAAAGAGGCUUUGAUUCUGUAGGAACGUGCUGUGGGGUUGGAAGAGAGACACCAGCCAUACCUAGAAGCAGAAUCUGUGAUGUGGUGAAAAAAUGUAAAAUUGUUCACUACAGGUGAUCUGGUAAGCAAGGUAAGCACUGUGCUUGCUUUGCCUAUUGGAUAGUCGUUGCCUGCAGGCAAAGGAUCACCCUGUGAGAGGGAGGGAGGCCUUGAGGAUGAGGCCACGGGUGUUAAACGCUCGGCCUCGCUCCUCUUGUGCCCAGAGCCCAAAUUCCCUCCCUCCCCUCCCCCG